UUUCUUUUUCUUUCUCAUUCGGACUUCUUCAGUGCGGUUUAUUUUGUGAGACAUAAAGAAACCAGACAAAGAUUUGCCAUGAAGAAGAUUAAUAAACAGAAUCUCAUCCUUCGAAACCAGAUCCAACAGGCCUUUGUUGAGCGUGAUAUCCUGACGUUUGCAGAAAACCCUUUUGUUGUCAGCAUGUAUUGUUCUUUUGAAACAAGACGUCAUUUAUGUAUGGUCAUGGAAUACGUAGAAGGUGGAGACUGUGCUACUUUGAUGAAAAACAUGGGCCCCUUACCUGUGGACAUGGCAAGGAUGUAUUUUGCAGAAACUGUUCUGGCCUUGGAAUACCUUCAUAAUUAUGGAAUUGUACACAGGGAUUUGAAGCCAGAUAAUUUAUUGGUAACAUCCAUGGGCCAUAUAAAGCUUACAGACUUCGGUCUAUCAAAGGUGGGGCUAAUGAGUUUGACUACCAAUCUGUAUGAGGGUCACAUUGAGAAGGAUGCCAGAGAAUUCCUUGAUAAACAAGUUUGUGGUACACCUGAAUACAUAGCUCCUGAAGUAAUACUGAGACAGGGUUAUGGAAAACCAGUGGACUGGUGGGCUAUGGGAAUUAUUCUUUAUGAAUUUCUUGUUGGGUGUGUCCCAUUCUUUGGAGAUACACCAGAAGAGCUGUUUGGACAAGUAAUCAGUGAUGAAAUCAACUGGCCUGAAAAGGAUGAAGCACCACCUCCAGAUGCGCAGGAUCUCAUUACCCUGCUGCUCAGGCAGAAUCCCUUGGAAAGACUGGGAACAGGUGGUGCAUAUGAAGUAAAGCAACAUCAGUUCUUCAGGAGCCUUGACUGGAACAGUCUGCUAAGACAGAAAGCAGAGUUUAUUCCACAGUUGGAGUCUGAAGAUGACACAAGUUAUUUUGACACUCGUUCUGAGAAAUACCACCACAUGGAAACUGAGGAAGAAGAUGAUACAAAUGAUGAGGAUUUUAAUUUGGAAAUAAGACAGUUUUCUUCAUGUUCACACAGAUUUUCAAAAGUGUUUAGUAGCAUAGACCGAGUUUCUCAAACACAAGGUGAUGAAAAGGAAGAUGCAGGAGACAAAACAAAAAGUGUAACGUUGCCUUCAGUGGAAUCUUUAAGCUGGAGUUCAGAAUAUUCUGAAAUACAACAAGUAUCUACAUCCAUCUCCUCUGACACCGAGAGUAGCGGGCAGCGACAUAGUUCUGGUUUGUUGCCAAAGCUGGCCAUAUCUGCCGAAGGAGAACAAGAUGAUUCCACCUGCCUAGUGGGAGCACAGGAAGAGCAGGAAAAGCCUGUAUUAGUGAGUGAAGAAAUAGUGCCAGAUGAACCCGAAGUAACAACUCCAGCAAGUACAAUAAGCAGCUCCACACUGUCAGUUGGCAGUUUUUCAGAGCACUUAGAUCAGAUGAAUGGACGAAGCGAAUGUGUGGACAGCACAGAUAACUCCUCAAAGCCUCCCACUGAAGUUGCAUUUCAGAUGGCUCGUCAGAGAUUAGAAAGUACGGAGAAAAAGAAGAUCUCCGGAAAAGUUACAAAGUCCCUUUCUGCAAGUGCUUUGUCCCUCAUGAUCCCAGGAGAUGUGUUUGGUGUUUCUCCUCUGGGAAGUCCAAUGUCUCCUCAUUCGCUAUCAUCUGAUCCUUCGUCCUCUCGAGAUUCCUCUCCUAGUCGUGAUUCUUCAAUUGCUGCUGCAAGUCCUCAUCAGCCUAUAGUAAUUCACAGUUCAGGAAAAAAAUAUGGCUUCACCAUCCGAGCAAUCAGGGUUUAUGUGGGAGACAGUGAUAUUUACACUGUGCACCAUAUUGUUUGGAAUGUGGAAGAAGGAGGCGUGGCAUACCAAGCUGGUUUGAAAGCUGGGGACCUAAUUACUCAUAUCAAUGGAGAGCCAGUGCAUGGUCUUGUUCAUACGGAAGUCAUUGAGUUGUUGUUAAAGAGUGGCAACAAAGUGUCAAUUAUGACAACACCUUUUGAAAACACUUCCAUCAAGACAGGACCUGCCAGGAGAAACAGCUGCAGGAGCCAAAUGGUCAGGCGCAGUAAGAAAACCAAGAAGAAAGAGAGUUUAGAGAGGAGGAGGUCUCUCUUUAAAAAGUUGGCCAAGCAGCCCUCUCCUCUUCUUCACACCAGCAGAAGUUUCUCCUGCCUGAACCGAUCACUUUCAUCAGGAGAGAGCUUACCUGGAUCUCCAACUCACAGCUUGUCUCCAAGGUCACCUACCCCAAGCUACCGUUCCACUCCUGAUUUUCCAUCUGGUACUAAUUCUUCUCAGAGUAGCUCCCCUAGUUCAAGUGCUCCCAAUUCUCCAGCUGGUUCAGGACACAUAAGACCCAGCACUCUUCAUGGCUUGGGCCCAAAGCUUAGCGGGCAAAGAUACAGAUCAGGAAGACGCAAAUCAGCUGGCAGCAUUCCUCUCUCUCCUCUGGCAAGAACACCUUCCCCAACACCACAGCCCACAUCACCUCAGCGAUCUCCAUCACCAUUGCUAGGGCAUUCAAUUGGGAAUACGAAAAUAGCUCAGUCUUUUCCUAGCAAGAUGCACUCCCCUCCAACUAUUGUAAGACAUAUUGUUAGGCCAAAAAGUGCAGAACCACCACGAUCUCCUCUCUUAAAGAGAGUCCAGUCAGAAGAGAAACUUGCACCCUCUUAUGCUAGUGAUAAGAAACACUUAUGUUCACGAAAACACAGUCUUGAAGUGACUCAGGAAGAAGUUAAUAGAGAAUUGUCCCAAAGGGAAGUAAUUCUUCAGAGUUUGGAGGAGAAUGUAUGUGAUGUGCCAUCACUCACACGAGUCAGACCUGCAGAGCAGGGCUGCUUGAAGCGGCCCAUCUCCCGAAAAUUAGGUAGGCAAGAAUCCAUUGAUGAAUUAGACAGAGAAAAGCUGAAAGUCAAGAUAGUUAUGAAAAAACAAGAUUUUGCUGAGAAAGUGAAUGCUGCUAUACAUGAACCUAGCAGUGAACCAGAAAAGCCCAAUACCAUAAGAUUGGAAGAAAGAGACAAAAAAGCAUUCCAAAAGGUAUUAGAAAGAUCAAAUCCAUUUGAAACAAAAAUUGUUGCUUUAGAGACCCAACCAGCUGGAGGCAUACUCAAAGACACUCUUCAAAAGAAUGCAAACUUGAGAUCAAAUGACUGUAGUGCUUUAGAUACACAGAUGUUGUGUCAUGGGUCUCCACUUAAUGAAGUCAGUCAUAUUUCUUACGAGUUCAAAAGAAUUUCUCCUCCAUGUACGCUGCAAGAUAUGCCAUCUCAGUCCUCUGACAGAAUGCUAAAUGGAAAGGGAGAAAACACAGAUAAAAAUGUACCAACAAAAGAAUUUGUCAAAUAUGAAAGAUUAGAUGGUAAACUUGCAAAUAUUGAUUAUCUUAGAAAGAAAAUGUCUUUUGAAGAAAAAGAUGAAAGUGUCUGUCCAGUGCUAAAACCCAAACUGACAUCGAAUGUUCAUGAAAGCCUUCAACUUAAUGCAGUCAGGCCUGUAAGCAUUCAGCAGGAUUCCACUACAGUUGCUGAAGGUAGAGCAUUCAUCAGCAGUGCACAUGCUUCUCAGAUGAGCUCAGUUUCUUUUGUUCCCCUCAAAACAUUGAAUAGUCGAACAGAAACAAGUAUGGAAAAAUCAGCUGUGAUUUCUGCUGAGUCACCUGUCAGAAAAAGUCCAUCAGAAUAUAAACUUGAUGGGAGGUCUGUUUCCUGUUUGAAGCCAAUAGAAGGCACACUAGACAUUGCUUUGCUUUCUGGACCACAGGCUUCGAAGACUGAGUUACCUUUGUGUGUUCUGCCAGAAGGACAGAGCACCAGCAGUGAUACGGGAUCUACUAAACCUUCAGUGCCACAGGGGAGUGGUGGAAAGGCAGAACUGGCCUGUCAGAAAGAGCUGCUGUUAAGCCAUUCAAAAUCUAGCAAAGUUAACCUGCCAGAGGCUCAGGUUCUGCAAACAAGCAAAGUUAACCUGCCAGAGGCUCAGGUUCUGCAAACAAGCAAAGUUAACCUGCCAGAGGCUCAGGUUCUGCAAACAAGCAAAGUUAACCUGUCAGAGGCUCAGGUUCUGCAAACAAGCAAAGUUAACGUAGCAGAGGCUCAGGUUCUGCAAACAAGCAAGAGUUCUCCCAAUCCACCUGUCAUCCCUAUGGCUGCAGAAGUGAUGGCAGAGAAAAAAGUUUCUAGUCCAGCUGCUAAAGUCAGCAUUUCUAUUACUGAAGCUGUUCAGAAGAAGGACAACUUUCCCUCAAAGGAGGACAGUUCAGUGGAGGUGAAGUCCUGUGUUACUCAAAGUCAGAGUGUUAAAAGUGCCCUAAAAUACUCUAAGCUUUCUACUAUCCAAAGUAUUCCUGAAAAACCUCUGGGCAAAGAGCAGCAAGUACAAAAGGAGCUGCCUAGCAGACAGCCAGCAGCCCAGAGAAAUUGUGAGCCUAUCUCUGCAAAGGUGGAGGUUAUCAGGGAGUCGACUUUGAAGGUAUCUGUCUCAGAUAUCCUGACAACAAACUACUCCAAAGGCAGUGAAAAAAAUUCUGCUGAUCUUGCCAUUCCACCUCAAAUGCAAGGGAAAUUGCAGGGAACUGGUCCAAAGGCACAACCUAAGGAUGGCAGAGAUUCGGUAAAACAGCUAAGCAGGGAAGACGCUGUUGUUGCUAGCAGCUUUGUGGAAAGGGACAUAACCAAGCAGAAGGUUCUCAGUGAGUCUAAGAAAAUUAUUGUGGAGUCAAAGAGUGAAAAUCUUCUAUGCAAACCCUCAGUAGAAUGUGAUCCUAAAAAUGAGAAGACUGCAUUGGUGUCCUGUGUGCAGAAGGAUAAAACCAAAGACUUGGGAAAGAAAGAUCCGAAACAGGUCCCUGACAUAAGGCUUCCAGCCACUGAGAGAGAGCAGUCCAGCCAAGUUCCUCAGCAGCAACCUAGUGCUCCAGUGUCCCCUGCUGUGAGAGAUGCUAUGAGCAGAAGCUGUGCUGCAGAUGUUCACACAGGUAUUCAAGAUCCCAUGAAGCCUCCUAUCACUGGUAUGGAAAGCAGUACUAAUAAACUCAGGCCUGUCUCUGAUAUGAGUUCCUCUAAGUCUAAGCACACAGAUAAACAGACGUUUUCACAGAAAUCAUGCACUCCAAACACAAAAGAAAAAGAAACAGUUGUUCAGAUGUCUGCCAGCUCCCGGAAGGAUUGUAAACAUGCUGGUAAAAGUGUUCCAGAUUCCCCCUCUUUUGUAUCGGGUUCUUUAAGAAAAAUGAACAGUGAACAUAUUAAAGUUGAAAGGCCUGUGAUUUUGGAGCAUGGACUUGUAUCCACUCUUCAAGUGAGCAGUAUCACUCCUGAUACAAAACCCAAAUCAUCUACUGUUGACUCAGGACGAACAGGUCCUGAGAUAUCUAAGCAAAUGCAAAAGCAAGAACCAGCAGGCUUUGGAGAUUCUGCUGAUCAAAAGCUGUUUCACUUCAGCGAGAAACAAACUGUGUCUCCAAAGUUUUCCACUGUGAAAGACUGUCUCUUGCUGAACAAACAAGCAGACAGAAGUCCUCUUAAUCAGACAACCUCUGCAGAUAGAAGACCUGAAGGAAUAUGCACUGAUGCACUUUAUGUUCAACAUGACAAUGGGAAAAUGGAGCCUACCCUUUGCCUCACAAACUGUGAUGUUAGAGCAAAAGGAUCAGAAAAAUCAACCUCAACCAGCAAAUGCUCUCAAGAUUCAAAAGGGAAAGGACAAAUUAAUCAAAAACAGCCUGAGAAUGCAAGCAAACAAAUUGCAAUAAAACAUACUCCAGCUGCCAGUGGGCAGAGUUCUUACCAUGUGGCUGCAGUGCCAGGAAAGCCACUGGCUUGUUCAACCAAUUUCUCUGAAUGUAGACAAGAAGUAUCAGUUUUGUCUUUGGCAAAGAGUGAUACAUCUUCAGCAAAAGUUAAAGCAGGCUCACCUGAGCUUCCUUCAUUCAGCUACAAAGAACAAAGUAAGAAAAGCACCUCUACCACAGGAAAUAGUAAGACAGAAAUCACUAAAAGCGUGUCAAUGAUAACUUUGCACAGUGCUGCUGUUGUAGAAGCCCACCAGUCUACUUCAAACCUUGGGGGAAAACCUGGAAAUCAAGAGAAGUCUUUUGUUAACACCGUGGAUGUAAAGGGAAAAGAUACUGCUCAGGCUCAGCAGUCUGCUUCAAGAAAACAAAAUGUUGGUAAAGAUUUAACUAGGUCAUUAACCACACCUGAUCGCCCAAACGCACUUUCUAAUGACAAAGACUCAGUCCGGCAGCGUCGAGGGAAAGAAGCUUUACGAAGCAGUCCUCACAAAAAAUCCUGUUGACUGUAAUAUGUGGCAAAUAUAAAUUCAAGACUAACAGAAACAAGAACAAUAUAUUUUGACUGUCUUGAAACCAGCACUGUGUAGUGUCUUUAUGUGGCAAGGCUUUCAUGUCACUGAAGAGGAUGGGGAUAUAUAGAGAAAGGACUUUUUACAAAAUGCCUUCUCGAUUGUAACCGGUAAAACUGUUACCAUAUAGUAUUUGUACAAAUACACAUUUACAGCUGGAAGCUGCAGAAGAAAUAAUUUCCUCUGUAAAUACCUAGCAUUGUGUUUGGGGAUUGAAUGUAGCAUAUAUAUGUUGCUGCUGAUUGCAUUGUUUACUCUCCCCCUUUUAAAAAAUAGUUGCUUUGCCAUUUAUUUGCCAUAAAUAUGAAAGUAAAUUACUAAAAAUGAGACAUGGCACAGACAUGCACAAGCGUUGUCUGACAGGAGGGUAAAAAUCUGCUACAUUUUUACUUUAAAAAAAAAAAGUCCUAGCUAGAGUUAAAAACACAAGGAAGAAACAAGUAUGGUCACUUACUGUGAGUUUUUACGUGUUUUAUUAGUAAUCAGAUUUUGAUAGUAGUAUCUGGUUACCUGCUUCGCCAGACCUAACACAAGAUGAAACUGCAUCUGCCAAUGGCACAAAGUCUGUCUUAUAGAGUGGGUGUGAUUAAAGCGAAGGGAGGACUGCUUGGCUAUCACAGAGUCUCUGGAAGACUCGUGUUCUCUGUUGCAAUGGUAGUUCUGGUCUUGUCUGUUCAGACUGUAUUCUGCGACCCUCAGACAAGGAUGAGACUCUGAAGCACAUGCUGUGUCCUUGGUUUCUGCUGUAAUCCUCUCUUUGUUUCCUUGAGCGAGUUUUAAAUUCAGGCCCUUACAAUUUGAGGCACAAGUUACAAGCACAUGACUUCCAGGACUAUUGUGUUCACCCCUAAUUCUUUUUAAUUAAUUUAGAGAAUAUCAUAGCAUACAGGUCUGCAUAAUUAGUUCUAGCUUUUUUUUCUAUUUCAUGGCUAUUAAGGUAAAAAGGGAAAAAAAAAAGCAGUUCCAUUGUCAUAAAAAUUUAGGACAUCAAAUACAUUUUAAUACAUAGCUGGGGCCUUAUGUUGUAGACUUUAACUUGCUUUUUUAGCAAGUAAUUCUUGGUUUAAUGUUCAUUUCUAAUUGCAUUGAGUAGCUCCAUACAUUUCAUAACAUAAUCUUCUUAUUUAUAUGCAAAAAAAGUAAAUGUAAUUAUAAAAGAAACGUGUAACAAAGGAACCUGUUGGAGCUAUUUGGUGCUAGACUGUGACUGUCCUUUUACUUUUGCUAAGCCUUAUUUAAAUUUUGUAUACUGUGGAACAUGCAGAUUUUAAUCAUUUUAGUGUGGAGGUAUUCAGUUUUGAAGGAUGAAAGAUAGAAUUUGAAACAUGUAUAAGAACACUACAGAAUAUGCGUCUUUUUAAGUGUUUGGGAUCAACAGAGUGGGGGUUUGGUUGUUUAUGUUCAUGUAGCUAAACUAGAACUAGGCCCCUAGCUGUUUCAUUGAGGCUUACGGAUUGUCUUUCUGUCUCAAAAGCUAGAAACUUGUUCUUAAAAGCACAGUAUAGUCUUGUCUUAGGGGUUUGUGUGACAACUGACAGUGUGCAGAAUUCAUUUCCCCCCGGGAAACGCUUUAUUACACUAGUUAUGUUGGAUUACAGCAGACUUGCUAUGGAAAGAUGAAAUCGCAAACUACAGUUUCUGAUUUUUUUUAUGAGGCACCAGAAUAUUCGUAUUGCCUUUUAUGCAUUCACAGAGGAGCUAGUUAGCAAUGGGUAGUAAUUUUGAGCAGCUUUGAAGAGAAAAUGGUCUCAACAUUUACAGUUCGCCUGUGCUUUGGCAAUUAAUACAAACAAAUGCUAAUGCACUUCAAUAUAACAUUUCUGUCUGGGAGGUAUUUCCUAGUUUACAGUCUUCUGCAUUUUUAAACUAUCCUCUUGUUUCCUUUAAAGCACAUCUAGUUAUUUGUUUACAGUAUAACUUUAUGUAUAUUUUGUAUAGCUCAUUAUAAGUUCUGACAAAUAAGUUUGCAUUUUGGAAGUGUAACAGUGCAUAAGCUUGUGUUUAUGUAGUACUGUUUGUUGGUGUUUACCUAUCAGUGAGCUGUUAGAGACCCUCCUACCUGUGUGCUGCUUGGGUCAGUCUUUUUGUGAUUGUAGUUCUGGUGUGCUCCUUUGUAGAGUUCCUGCUGUAGAUUGCUCAGCUUCAAAAAAAAGAAAAAGAAAAAGAAAAAAAA